CGCCUGCUCAGUUUUACAUAUCAAUUCACAAUAAUCACAAUGGCGCAUUCAAAGGACAAGAAGGAAAAGUCACACAAGAAGGACAAGGUCGAGAAGUCCGAGAAGAAAUCGACUCUCGCACCCUCCGCUCCCUUGGAUCCCAAGAUCUCCAGUCUCUUCUCUAAUAGCUUUGGUGCCGCUAAGCCCAUCUACACCGAACUCCCAUCUCAAUCCACCAGAUCCUCCAAGAAAGCACAGUCGGACGACGAAGAGGAAGGAGAUGACAACGACGAAGAACUCUCGGAACUUGACGAUGACGAGCUGGACGCUGUUGACGCAGACGAGGAUGAUCCAGAGCCCGAAGUAGAGGAAGACAGUGAAGACGAUGUCGAGGAAGCCAAGGCUGCUGCCCAAGCCGCUCUCGAGAGCAACAACCGCAAGAGAAAGAGAAAGGACAAGCAGCCCGAACUGGAGGAUGUAUACAUGGACAAACUCGGUCGCGAAGAGGAGAGGGCCAUCGCCAAAGCAAAGGAAGACCGCUCUUCUAAGCGUGUGAAGACCGCAAAGAAGGACGACAGCGACAGCGAGGAGGAAGACUCAGACGCAGUUGAAGGUGCUGAUGCCAUGGAGAUGUCACCACCUCCGAUGCACGAGACUCUAGCACCCGACAACGACUCGGAUCUUGUCAAGUCACAACGUACUGUCUUCCUGGGCAAUGUAUCCUCCGAAGCAAUCACCUCAAAGACAGCCAAGAAGACUCUGAUGCGCCAUCUUGAGUCUUUCUUCGACGACAUCGCCGACCCUGAGAAGGGACAACCCGCACAUAGCGUAGAGUCACUCCGUUUCCGAUCGACUGCCUACGCCAGUGCUAUCCCCAAGAAGGCCGCCUUUGCAAAGAAAGAGAUCAUGACCGAGACGACGAAAUCCACAAACGCAUACGCCGUCUACUCAUCGAACGCUCUGGCUCGUGAAGCCGCUCGUCGUCUGAAUGGAACAGUCGUGCUGGACCGCCAUCUUCGUGUUGAUGAGGUUGCUCAUCCUGCAAAGACUGAGCCCAGACGCUGUGUCUUCGUUGGAAACCUUGGUUUCGUUGACGAUGAGACCAACAUUGACAAGGCCAAUGCUGUGGAGGGCAAGGGUACGCGCAAGGGCAACAAGACUCCCAGUGAUGUCGAGGAAGGUCUGUGGCGUACCUUCUCUACCUGCGGAAAGGUCGAGAGUGUCCGCGUGCCCCGCGAUGCAAAGACGAGAGUUGGCAAAGGUUUCGCAUACGUGCAAUUCACUGAAGAAAAUGCUGUCGAAGCCGCUCUCCUUCUCAACGAGAAGAAGUUCCCUCCUAUGCUCCCUCGCAAGCUCCGCGUAACACGAGCAAAGACCAUCAAGCGCAACGUCAAGCCCGGCAGCAACGCAGUCAAGGCCCCCGGUUCCACCAGCAAGGGCAUCUACAACCCCAAAGCCGACCCCGUUAUGCAAUCCAACAUGGGUCGUGCAGGCAAACUGCUCGGCCGUGCCGCCGCCGCUCAGGUCCAGAAGGGCAAGCCGAUAGGAGGAACACCUCAAGGUUUCAAGACCCCUGAGAGCUUCAUCUUUGAGGGCCACAGAGCCAAGGCUGGCUCGGGUAAGAGUGGUCUUAAGCUUGGUGGAUCUGGAAAGAAGAAGGGUAAGCCGAGAACUAGGAGCAGCAACAGAGCUGCUGCUUGGAAGGCUGGCGGUGGUAAGAAGAGAGAGUAG